GUGGGGAUGGAUGGUUCUAGCAAGGAAGUGGUGGGACAAGAACUAGCGAAGAAGCUGGGCUACAAGUACUUCAACACCAACGAGAUCAUCUCGGAGCUUCUCAAAGUCCCGAUCGACAAGGCAUUUGAGCAGUUAGGAGAGGAUGAGUUCCUAAAGGUUGAGCGGGCGGUUCUUGAUCAGCUUCAGGCAUAUUAUGGAGCCGUGAUAUCCACAGGUAGCUGCGCUGCAUUGCAAUCUGAAAACUGG